AUGUCACGAGUAGCCUCAUUAGACAAAAAAGCUGCUGAUCCCAUUGGUACUGGUAUUAUCUCUACUGCCAGGCAAUCCUGGCUUGAUUUAUUCAUUUGGCACCAUCGAGUUACCACUGUCUUGGACGGCGAAAAGACAAAAUGUGAAUGGGUAGCACCUGAACCCCUCCAAAAUCCAAUAAAUCUUUUUCGAAAACUUUCAGCGCGAGACUGGUUAUUCUUUGUAGUAGGAUUCUUGGCCUGGACUGCUGACGCCUUUGAUUUUCACGCCUUAUCCAUCCAAACUACCAAAUUAUCUCGCUACUACCAAACAAGUAAUACAGUCAUCACAAGUACUAUCACCCUCACUCUCCUCCUCCGCUCCCUUGGAGCUGCAAUUUUUGGAAUCUCUGGCGAUAAAAUUGGCCGUAAAUGGCCAAUGGUACUAAAUAUGAUCAUAUUGGGCUUACUUCAAAUUGCUACCAUAUAUUGCGAAACUCUUGGUCAACUUCUGGGUGUGCGAAGUCUCUUCGGUCUAUUCAUGGGCGGUAUAUAUGGGAAUGCGACUGCGAUGGCUUUAGAAAAUUGUCCCAUGGCGGCACGUGGUCUAAUGUCUGGUAUCUUGCAACAGGGUUAUUCGUUUGGUUAUGUGUUGGCUGCGUGCGCAAAUCUAGGGGUAGGCGGGGCACCAGAGAGUUUUAAAAAGGUCUUUUGGAUAGGUGCCGGCUUUUGUAUAGCUGUGGGCCUUAUUCGAACCCUUUUCCCCGAAUCUAAACAAUUUCUCGUCGCCAAGGCAGCUGGUCACCGAAGUCUCAGCCCCAAGGAAUUUUGGCGUCAAACACGGCAUAUGAUGGCCACCGAGUAUAAAAUAUGUCUUUAUUGUAUUCUUCUUAUGACCUGGUUUAACUUCUACUCACACUCCUCGCAAGACUCCUACACAACUUUUAUGGAAAAGUCCAAAGGCUUGAUUAAUUCCGCCGCUAGUAGGGCCUCUAUCUGGAUGAAGGUAGGUGCCUGCGUCGGGGGCACGAUUAUGGGAUAUAUUUCUCAAUUCUUUGGCCGCCGUCGGACCAUGAUUGCUGCCUCACUGAUAUCAACUCUUAUGAUUCCCGGGUGGAUUUUGCCCCAUUCUGAGCAGGUGCUUAGCUUCACAGGAUUUAUCAUGCAGUUUUUCGUGCAGGGCGCUUGGGGUGUAAUUCCCAUUUACCUCAAUGAGCUAGCACCAGCAGCUUACCGCUCGACAUUUAGUGGCAUAACCUACCAGGUUGGCAAUAUGAUAUCAUCUCCGAGCACUCAGAUUGUCAAUGCCCUCGCUGAACACUUUACGGUCGAUGAUACAGGCGGCACUCAAGUACCGGCAUAUGGACCGGUUAUGGGUGUGGCUACCGCCUUUAUCGCUCUCGGUAUCGCCGGAACUCUCGCGAUUGGUCCUGAGCGCAUGGGUCGAAGUUUUGAAGAAGACGAUUCACUUUUGACUAUCGCAACUGUCGAGAAAAAAGCUAUUGGCAGUCCUGAACCGGGUGUCGUCUGA